AUGGGAGAGCCCACUUACAUCUUAGGGAUUCAAGUACAACAUGAUAAAGAGCGGAGGACGCUGACAAUUAGCCAGACAAGGUACAUCGACGAGAUUUUAAAACGUUUUAAUAUGGAAGACUGUAAAUCAGUCAAAACGCCAAUGGAUGCAUGUCCGAAGAAUGAAAACGCAGAACCUGAAGUUGUCGAGAGUAGCCUCAAUGUUCCGUUCCAGACUCUCGUAGGCAGCUUGAUGUACUUGGUUCAAGGUACCCGAACGGACACUGCAUUUGCCACCAGCCACUUGAGCCACUUUAAUUCAAGCCACACGCAAAAUCACUGGCGAAUGGCCAAACGAAUACUUCGUUACCUAAAGGGAACCCGUGACGUAGGAAUAACUUACGCUGCAUGUCAGGAGCGAAUUUCAGGGUACACAGACGCGAGCUUCAACGAAAACGGCACAGGAAGAUCCAGAAGCGCUUAUGUCUAUACCUUGUCACAGGGAGCAGUCAGCUGGCGGUCCACAAGGCAACAGCUCGUCGCUCUGUCAACUUGCGAGGCUGAAUACAUUGCUCUUGUGGAGGCCCUCAAGGAAGGCAAAUGGUUCAAAACCUUCAAUGCGAAGACAUGA